CAAAUUCAAAUUAUCAUUUUCUUUUUCCGAUUCAUUAAUUUACUAAAAUGUUGGCCAACAACCGCAACGCCAUAAACAAGCUGUCGGGAUUACUUCUCCGGCAGCAGCUGAUCAGCAGACAAUUCUCCUCCAAUCCCACAAUUGCUCUUGUCGGCGGCGCCGCCAACAAGUCUUCAUCCAUACCUGCUACAAGGAUAACUGUUCUAGGUUCUCGGAGCUUCAGCAGCUCCGGCGGAACUCCGGCCGACGGGAAAGAUGAUGAACAGAAGAAGACGGACGGAAAAGUCAUAUCCAGUUACUGGGGCAUUGCUCCACCCAAGAUGACCAAAGAAGACGGCUCCCCAUGGAAAUGGAACUGUUUCAGGCCAUGGGAAUCUUACAAUCCAGACGUCUCCAUUGACGUGAAGAAGCACCACUCUGCCGACAAUUUCACUGACAAAUUUGCUUACUGGGCCGUUCAAGUCGCCAAAUACCCAACUUACUUAUUCUUUCAGAGACGACACAUGUGCCACGCCUUGUUGCUGGAGACGGUGGCAGCCGUCCCAGGAAUGGUGGGAGGAAUGCUCCUCCACUGCAAAUCACUUCGGAGGUUCGAGCAUAGCGGCGGAUGGAUCAAAGCUCUCUUAGAAGAGGCUGAGAACGAGAGGAUGCACCUCAUGACGUUCAUCGAACUCUCCAAACCUAAGUGGUACGAGCGGGCAUUGGUUUUCGCCGCCCAAGGUGUUUUCUUCAACGCCUACUUCGUGACUUACUUAGCCUCCCCAAAGAUCGCACAUCGGAUUGCGGGUUAUCUAGAAGAAGAGGCAGUUAACUCCUACACCGAGUUCCUCAAGGACAUUGAUAAUGGAAAGUUUGAGAAUAUUCCCGCGCCGGCUAUUGCAAUAGACUAUUGGCGCCUCCCAGCAGAUGCUACCCUCAGGGAUGUGGUCGUGGUGAUUAGAGCAGAUGAGUGUCAUCAUCGCGAUACAAACCACUUUGCUGCGGAUAUCCAUGUUCAGGGCCAUGAACUCAAAGACUUCCCUGCUCCGCUCGACUUUCAUUGAUAAAAAAAGCUUCACUAUUUAUCAUUUAUUAUGUAUAUAUACAUAUGUCAAUAUUUCCAGGCGAUUGAUUGAUCAAUCUUAAAUAAGAUUAUUUGUAACCUGAAUAAUAUCAUGUUUCAUACAUACAUAUAUAAUAGUUUGAGAGUUUAUUAAAGGAUUA